GAAAAAAAAGGACGAGGCCGUGAUUAGGGAGAAGAUGCAGCGUACCUUCUCGCUUAGGAGACAGGAGAUUCUCCAGGAGCCAAAGAUUCCAGAGUUCCUAAACAAAUGGCCAGCACUAUUUGACGUCAGUGAGAUCAACUUGGAGUUUAUGCGGCUGACGACUGUACCUCUGACCUCCAAAUUCCUUGGAGAACUGGACCGCCUGACCGACGACCUGAUCAGAGUUUUCCAUACCAAAGGUGGAGCUGCAGGAAGAAAGAUCAGAGCCGUGAUGGCAAAGACGGAUAAUAGUGCAGACAUCAACGUGAGGCAUGAUUGUGUGCUGAGCUGUCUGAGCAUCUACCUCAAUGAAGACCUGGACACACUGGUCAAAGAAUAUGUGGAAGUAAAUCCACAUGGUCCGGAGGAGCUUGAGGUUAAGGGUCGGGUCCUGGCACCUAAGCGCCUCCAAUAUGCCAGUGACGACAAUUCUGCCCCAAACAAGAAGGCAGCUGAGGAUCUGAGGCAGUCAGUAAAGCCAAAGCCGGAUGUCAAGAGGUCAAAGGCUUCAUUGGAUACAGUGCAGUCUCUUCUGUCUCCCCGGAAAUCCUUACAUCUUAAAGAAGCUCGGAACCUUACCCUCAGAGGAGGACUAACCUAUGAACAUGACAUCGAAUGCCGUGAGGCCGAGGCAGACGUCGCAGGGACGACUAUGGCAAUCUACACCGUUCGAGCUGAGAGUGAUGGUCCUGGUGGCCGCUUUGCAGAUGUCGGUGUGGUCCUGGAAGGGGUCGAAGUUCUCCACAACCUCCAGAGUAUCAACCAUGCAUGCGUGAUGCUUUAUGGGUUGAUCUACGCACUUAAUCUAAGCUAUCCAAAAAGCUUGAAGAAUACAUUCGAAGUUUACCAGAAGAUCCUGAUGGACCUGGAAUCGUCCAAGCUUUCCCCCAAAGUACAAGCACUGAAACUCAAAUUGCUCAGGUGAUUCACAGAAAGCUAGAAACGGCAGGUGCUCAGUCAACACUUUGUUUAACCUUCCUAACUUGUCUCUGUUCUAUUAAAGUUAGAAAACAUUGUACAUGUU